CGUCCCCCUCGCACACGUAUGUACGUCAAGAGGACAUCUGGAGCAACGAUGACGCCGACAGUCGCACGUUUCAGCCUCCUUUCCGUAGUCUUGCUCACGGCACUACGGGCGGGAUUGCCCACUAAUGUCAGGCGUGCUGUUGCAGCAGGACAAGUUACCUUCACCGAGUAUAUGUCAUACACAGAGGUUGUGGCGUACCUGCGCGCCCUGAAGGAGCGCUACCCCAAGCUGGUGACGGUGGGCAGCGUGGGCCGGUCCGUGGAGGGCCGAGAGAUCUACUACGCGCGCGUGUCGUCUGGCGGCGCCAACAACCCCAUCAUGCUGGUGGACGCGUUGAUGCACGCCCGCGAGUGGAUCACGCUUCCGCCUGUGCUGUACUUCCUGGAGACCCUGGUGCAGGACGCCACACUGCGGGCCGGCCUGGACGUGGUCGUCGUGCCCAUUCUGAACCCGGACGGCUACGAGUACUCCAGGACGAAGGACCGCCUGUGGCGUAAAAAUCGCGGUGCUACCAGCAACAAGACCUGCGUUGGAGUUGACCUCAACCGUAACUUCGACUACCACUGGGCUGACUUUAGGUCGAACAACGGGGCGAGCAGUGACCCAUGCGAGCUGACUUAUGCUGGUCCGAAGGCUGCGUCCGAGCCAGAGACAAUCAGUUACCAGAAUUUCGUCCGCAAUCUGAACGCGGGAAAGAGAGUCAAGAUGUACGUCAACCUACACAAUCCGGAGCAGUCGAUCUACAUUCCGUGGGGCUACUCUUCGACGGCUCCGAAGGUGCCGGAUACCGCGCAAUUGACGACAAUCGCCAAAGAAGCUAACAGCGCCCUUGUCGCUGCCGGUGCCAGAGCCUUCACAGUCGAAACCAUGGCAGCCGACUAUCCUGCGACAGGCACGGUGUCCGACUGGGUGCGUGGCGUGGCCGGAGUGGCACAGUCGUUCUGCAUGGAGCUGCCGGCAGGAGGGCCCGACAAGCAACAAGGUUUCGCCGUGCCGCCAUCCAGCAUCCUUCCAAUUUCAAAGGAGGUGCUGGGAGCGAUGAAAGUUUUUGUCAAGUACACCACAAAGCCGCUGUCACAGUGAUGAGAACGGUGGUCUAGCUACGCUCAAAGCACCUGAUGUUGAUGUCAAUUAUACUGUCCUGAUUAAAGAUUAAGUUUAUCAAAG